AAUAGUGCAGUGAGCCUUUCUUCCUGAGCUCCUAAAGCUCCUUGCAUGAAAGGCUGCUGGUUGUGAGAUAAUUCUGGGAGCCCCUUCCAUAGCUCUUCAGACCUGGUUUAAAUUUUUCGGCCACAUUUCCUGCUUGGCUCUUAUUCAUAUCUUCUUCUGGUCCUGGGGAAAUCAGAAGUGAGAGAAAUAGGACGAGAAGGAACCUCUUUCCAGAGCUAUAAAAGACCAAGAGAAGAAUCAUGUCCAUGAUUGCAGCUUUCUAUAGUGGCAAGUCCAUUCUCAUUACUGGGGCCACAGGCUUCAUGGGCAAAGUGUUGAUGGAGAAGCUAUUUCGCACCAGUCCCGACCUGAAAGUCAUUUACAUCCUUGUGAGACCCAAGGCUGGCCAGACAACGCAGCAGAGGGUUUUCCAGAUCCUAAAUAGUCAGCUCUUUCAAAAAGUCAAAGAAGUUUGUCCAAACGUGCAUGAGAAGAUCAGAGCUAUCUAUGCGGACCUCAAUCAUAAUGACUUUGCUAUCAGCAAGGAGGACAUGCAAGAGCUUCUCUCCUGUACAAACAUUAUCUUCCACUGUGCGGCCACCGUGCGCUUCGAUGAUCAUCUGAGACACGCCGUGCAACUUAACGUCACUGCCACCCAGCAGCUCUUGCUCAUGGCCAGUCAGAUGCCAAAGCUUGAAGCCUUCAUACAUAUCUCCACUGCCUUUUCAAAUUGUAACCUGAAGCACAUCGAUGAGGUCAUCUACCCAUGCCCUGUGGAGCCAAAAAAAAUCAUCGACUCCAUGGAGUGGUUAGAUGAUGCUAUUAUUGAUGAGAUCACCCCCAAGCUGAUAGGUGAUCGGCCCAAUACUUACACGUAUACCAAGGCCUUGGGUGAGAUGGUGGUGCAGCAGGAGAGCGGGAACCUAAACAUUGCCAUCAUAAGGCCCUCCAUUGUGGGAGCAACCUGGCAGGAGCCUUUCCCGGGCUGGGUUGAUAACCUAAAUGGACCUAGUGGGCUCAUUAUUGCGGCUGGGAAAGGGUUUCUUCGGUCCAUAAGAGCUACUCCGAUGGCUGUGGCAGAUUUAAUUCCUGUUGAUAUAGUCGUCAAUCUCACUUUGGCUGUGGGAUGGUACACAGCCGUUCACAGACCUAAGUCAACAUUAAUCUACCACUGUACAUCUGGUAACCUCAAUCCUUGUAAUUGGGGCAAAAUGGGAUUCCAAGUCUUGGCAACAUUUGAAAAAGCCCCAUUUGAGAGAGCUUUUAGGAGGCCACAUGCAGACUUCACAACCAACCUCAUUAUAAGCCAGUACUGGAAUGCUGUCAGCCACCGGGUCCCUGCCAUCAUCUAUGACUUCUAUCUGCGGCUCACAGGAAGGAAGCCCAGGAUGACAAAGGUCAUGAAUCGGCUUUUAAGAACAGUUUCCAUGCUGGAAUAUUUUGUCAACCGGAGUUGGGAAUGGAGCACAUACAAUACGGAAAUGCUGAUGUCUGAGCUGAGUCCUGAAGACCAGAGAGUAUUCAACUUUGAUGUGCGCCAGUUGAACUGGUUGGAAUACAUUGAAAAUUAUGUUUUAGGAGUUAAGAAGUACUUACUGAAAGAGGAUAUGGCUGGGAUCCCAGAAGCAAAACAACAUUUGAAAAGGCUCCGAAAUAUUCACUACCUCUUUAACACUGCCCUCUUCCUCAUCGCGUGGCGCCUUCUCAUUGCAAGAUCUCAGAUGGCUCGGAAUGUCUGGUUCCUCAUUGUAAGCUUCUGUUAUAAAUUCCUCUCCUACUUUAGGGCACCCAGCACGCUUAAGGUGUAAGAACAUUCGGCAAGCUCCUUUUAUCUGGAACCUUUUGGAUACCUCUAAAACAGCAAACUGUGGUUCUCAAGAUUAGGAAGUAACAAAGAAUAUGCCCAAGCUCGUUACCUGUCAAAGUGUUGUCAUGUCUUCACCUGUUUCUUACCUAUAUAUUUUAUUUCAGUGAGAGAAGGAAAGUCAUAUCCUAGCCUAUAAUCAACCGUAUCUUAGGAAAAAUUUCCAGAUUGCUUCCUAAUACUCCAUUCUGUGCCCUUGAAUAUAAAACACCAAAGUACAUUUAUCUGUCCGUAUUUAGGUUUUUUUCUCUUCAGGGGACUAAUUUUUGACUCAAUGAACGUGGAAGAACAUAGGAUAUAAGCUGAAAUAGCCUAAAGAAAGGCAGUUCUAACCUUGGAAUCAUUCUGGGGUACCCAGUAUAAAGGUUUAAAGUCAAGAUUAAGUUGAGGAAGAAUGAUCUUUGCAUCCUCAGAAAUACUGUUAAAAGAGGUAAUUCUCUACUGAAAUCUCAGUGUCCUUUUUCUGUUAUACCAUGAAGACCUGUUGAAGGCUGGGAGAAUUGGAAAAGUGGAUACACAUCUAGCACCUCCCUCAACUAUUUCUGAAAUCUAAAAAACAAAACAAAACAUUAGGUGUAAAUAAUUAUGUAUAGAAGGAGAGCUCAAGCAUAGUUGCAUUGGUACCGAUUAUGCUUGUAAGUAAAAUUAGUUCUCAUAA